AUGUCCAUCAACCCCCUUUUCGACGUCAUAAUCGUCGGUGGCGGUGCCGCCGGCCUGGCAACGGCAACAGGCCUUGCCCGACAGCUCUACAACACAGUGGUCUUCACCAACGACAAUUACCGUAACGCCAGGGCUUCGCACAUGCACAACUUCCCGACCUGGGACCACCAGCCCCCGAGUGCCUUCCGCGCCAAGGCCAAGGAGGACCUGCUGGCUCGCUACAAGACGGUCCAGUUCGAGAGCGCGGACAUCACCAAGGUUCGGAAGACCGAUGCCGGACACUUCGAGGCCACGGACGCGCAGGGUCGCUCGUGGACGGCUAGGAAGCUUGUCCUGGCUCACGGAUCUGAAGACUCAUUCCCUGACAUUCCGGGCUUCACAGAUUGCUGGGCGUAUGGAAUCUAUCAUUGUCUCUUCUGCCAUGGGUACGAAGAACGCGGCCGCCAGUCGUCAGGUGUCCUCUGUAUCGGGCCACACUCCGGUAACCCAGCGAUGGCCCUCCACCAGUCUCAUAUGGCCCGGCGGUUAACCGAGAAUGUCACCCUGUACACGAACGGAAACGCCGACCUCGCGGCUCAACUCAAGGAGCUUCUUGAGCAGGACAAAGAUGCCAAAAGUGGCAGGAUUCACGUCGUGGACCGCAAGAUUGCCAAGUUUGCGCGAGGAACCAACGGGGAGUCGGAAGUCGUUCUCACCUUCAAAGACGGGGAAAGCGUCACGGAGGGUUUCUUGGUACACCAGCCCAGCAGCCAAGCGAAGGGGCCGUUCCCUCAGCAGCUAGGCUUGGAACUCACUCCUUCCGGCGACAUCCAGACGACGCAGCCCUUUGGGGAGGCAUCUGUGCCGGGCGUGUUUGCCGUGGGAGAUUGGAGAUUGUGCGACGCCGAUCAAGAUCGUCGCGCAGGCGGUGGCGACGGGUGUUUUGGCUGCUGGGGGGCUUUCGUUCCAACUUGGGGCGGAGUUGGCUAA